AUGGGUAGUCGUCAUCUGGAGAGAUUCUGUGGAUUCAAAGCGAGGCUGGUGGGCUUUGGUGUCAUCCUCAUCAUGAUCUUCUCGUUCUCAUGUCUGCGCCAUAAAAAAGACAACUCUGUAACGAUCAGGACAAAAAAGUUUAAUGGUAGUGAUUGUUCAGUUCCGUCUGCAGUGACUUCUCUCAGAAUUGAUGGUUCAGGAUCAUCAGGACGAAUCAAUUGGAAUCCAGCCAGUUCCUCGUGUGCAGUCAUUGAUUACUCCCUGCAGUUUCGACUGAUCAACCGUGAUCAGUGCGAUUAUCGAAGUAACGAAAACUUCGCAACUGUAGCUACGACGGCGGGUACCAGUUAUCUGCUGUCAGUAGCCGUAUCGUCACGGCACUUCUACUCCACCUAUAAUAUACGCGUGAGGGCAAGGAACUCAGCCGGUCUAGGAACCUCUAGCAACCAAGUUCAAAUCAUAACUCCCAAAGCAGCCCCUAAUGCUCCACCUGCGAAUAUUAGACCCACCGGAAUCUACUCCAAUCGUGUGAGCUUGUCGUGGGAUGAAGUGUCAUGUGGAAGCAGACAAGCUCAUGGGCCAGUCAGUAAUGUUGAUGCAAUAGCCUUGACGGACUCCCCUUCUAUUCGAGUUACGUGGUCCCCACCGGAUACCAUCCGGAACCGCUGCCCCCUCCGCUACAUCGUCGAGUACAGAUUAACCGUCAGAGACCAGUGCCAAUCCAUCGACCAAUCCCAACCAUUAGUCGCCGCAAACCAGACGACCGUUUCCACAACGAUCACUGGUUUAGACGGAUACUCCACCUACGAAGUGUGUGUCAAGACGUGGAACAAAGAAGAAUACAGUGUGGAGCGAUGUGAUACUACAACUACACGCUCUUCUCCAGCCCCUACAGCUCCUCCAUCGCAUGCAACAUGCACCGGGAUCUUCACAAAUAGCCUGGACUUCGCCUGGGAUGAGGUACCAUGUGGUGACAGAGGCGGCCAGAUACUAGAAUACAAUUACAGAUUGGUACCUGCGUCGGGUGGUAGCUCACUUACCCAGACAAUAACUUCCAGAUCUGUAGUUAUUAACGAAAUCUCCUCCUGCACAGAGUUUAAUUUUCAAGUUCAAGCCGUAGGAACGAACGGCGAGGGGCCAUACAGCAAUGUGAUUAGUGUUACUACCGCAGCAAAAGCUCACGGACCUGUUAAUGCUCUUGGUGCAACUGCUCUCGCUAGCUCCCCAUCUAUCCAUGUAGCGUGGUCCCUGCCGGAUACCAGUCAAAACAAUAACUGCGCUUUGUACUUCAUCCUCGAGUACGAGUUAAUCUCCAGUGACCUCUGCGAUCCCAUUGCGCAUCCCAGACGCAUAUUUGCCGCUAACCAGACAUCAACAUCGACAACCAUCGCUGGUCUCCAGGCCUACUCUACCUAUAAAGUGUACGUAAGGACAUGGAACGUAGCGGGUGAUGACGGUGAGACGAGACACGUUGUCACGAACACAAACUCUGAUAAAGCACCAUCAGAAGGUCCGACAACUAUCAAAGUUACGUUGAGGAUGCGGCACAAGAUCGCAUUCACGUGGGAAGAUAUACCUUGCGGCUACAGACACGGGCAAAUUAUAACAUACCAGAUAAGGCUCAGGGUACUGCAAAGGCCAUACAAACUCGGUUUCACACCCGAUACCACUUACAAGCAAGUCACCGUACUAGCAUCCUCCAAGCUGUACAGCACAAGUGUUCUAGAACCAUCAACAAAAUACGAAUUUCUGGUAGCUGGUGUGAACAAUCAUGGAGUUGGGACGAUGGCAAAGAUCGAAGCUUUCACAUCGGUUGAAACAGAAAUGGACACCCCUCCCCCGCCAAAUACUGAUCCCUCAAAGUCAACCAAUUCUACAGUUACAAUUAAUGUGGAUCUACCACGCACAUCUCAGUACGUAACAGGCAUCCAAAUUGGCGUGAAACAAGUGCAUUCAAAUAUCGAGGCAGACACCACACCAUCUAAGAACGACUUCGUGCCGGACUAUGUAGCAGGGGAAUUGAUGAAAGAGAACCUUACUGAAACGUUCACCGUGGGUGACGGGAACACGUACGGUACAUUCUACAACCGGCCCUUACAGCCUAACACCAAGUAUGACAUUUAUCUGGGGUCAGUCAGCAGGAUUUCAGAUAUGGAGUUUGCAGUUACGUGGGGAGAUCCAGUGAGGGUGAAAGUGAGGGAUGACUAUGUUUUCCCAGUCACUGCCGUGCUGGUUCCCGUGCUGAUUGUCAUUCUCCUGGGAGUCGCAGUCCCUGGAGCUAUCUUCAUGAGAAAGAGGCUUAAGAAGACACCAGAGGACGAUGCUCGAUUUGUUGCAGUCAGUGGUGAGAAACGUUUUCUUUUCCCUAGAUUCCAUAAUGACAUCCAGCUUCAAGAUGUCCCAACACGACAAGCCAACUCGAAUCCCUACCACAGGGACAUCAGAGAAGAACCCGCGUACGAACCCGUGGGAAACCGCUUUGGUUCUCAGUCUCAGAAUCUGUCUGCUGAUGAUCGAGCGGGAAAGCUCCUAGGACAGGAGAAGACACCGACGCCUACCAAGGCGAAGAUGGUGGCACCUACAAGAGACGGUCGCUGCGAAUAUCCAUAUGAGAACAUGCCAGCUGUUUUUCUUGACGAAGUUACAGUAGACUCCAAGGAGAAGAAGAUUGCUGACAAAAAUAUCACCUGUUACGGAGCCGAGUUGAAAAGUAACCGCCCCCAAAAGGGAGCGAUUAUCUACGACACACCUAGGUUCGCUGCAUGUUCCAAGCCCAAGCCCCCACCAAGAACCACGAAGCCAGUUAUUACAAAAUCCAUCCAGUCUGCGAUCACACGUGGAGCCUCUGAUGCUAUACCUGUGGACAGGUUUGAGGACUACGUCCGCGCGAAGAAAUCAACGUCUUUUAAGAAUGGUAAUGGCUUCCUAGAGGAUUAUGAGAAAAUGCCUACUCCAGUCAAGCAUCCGUGGUCUGUGGCGAAGAAACAUGCGAACAGAGAGAAAAAUCGCUAUGCAAACAUACUCCCAUAUGACGAGACUCGAGUUGUGCUGGAAACAGUAGCUGAUGACCCCAACUCAGACUACGUGAAUGCUAGUUACAUUGACGGUGUCAAUGAGCCAAGGAAAUACAUUGCAAGUCAAGGUCCUACCAAGGCAUCCGUAGCUGACAUGUGGCGCUUGGUUUGGCAAGAGAACGCAUCCAAGAUCGUCAUGUUGACCAACCUACGGGAGGGCGUCAAGGACAAAUGUGAGAAAUAUUGGCCCGAUGAUAUAACUACCUAUGGUAACAUCACAGUCAGACUGAUGAGCGAGACGACACAUGCUGAUUACGUUAUAAGAGAUUUCACACUCGCAAUUGAGUCGAAGAAACAACUCAAGAAGGUUGUACAGUUCCACUUGACAGCAUGGCCCGCUGAAGGUUUGCCAGAAGACACUAGCAAAGUGAUCAACUUCAUCAAAACCGUCAAGCAGUUCAAGUCUGAGAUGAAUGGAACAAUGGUGGUCCAUUGCAGUACUGGAACCAGUCGAACAGGAUUGUUCAUUACUCUGGACGCCAUGCUACACCAGGCUAAGACAGAAGGCAGAAUGUGUAUCGGGAACUUUACACGCAAUAUGAUAGGCAUGAGGAUGGGAAUGAUACAAUCUGCUACCCACUAUGAAUUCAUCUUUGAUACCCUGUUGGAGGCAUUCAAGCGUGAUGAUACAACCAUCUAG